GGAGACUUUUGUAAUGGCCGACCUGAUGGCAACUAAAACGUGAAAAUAUUUUACAAAAAUGAUGGUUUUACGGAAUUAUACAAGCUAGUAAAUAAUUAAUUCCAGGUCCAAACGAUAGGCCAAAAGAUAAAGAUGGAAAAUGAAACGGAAAAUAACGUUACAGAAUCUUUGGAGAAUGUGAAAACAGUUGAAGUUGGUUCGUCCCCGUCGUCACCAGCGAUGGAUAAGAGAUCAAUUCUUCCCGCAAUUCCUCCCAAUUUUAUUCCUGAUCUCUCUCAGAGUGAUGACGAAGAGGCAUCGGAGGUUGAGUCAUUUAUGCUGGACCAAGAUGACAUUGAAGAUGGGGAGUCAUGUCUGGAGGCAUCAAAAUUUCUGCUUAACACUGAAAAUAUGGAGAAUGCUGAUCUACAUACAGUGGAUCCAGAGACUCAGGCUAGGCUGGAAGCACUUUUGGAAGCUGCAGGUAUAGGUAAACUCUCUACACCUGAUGGUAAAACAUUUGGUGACCCUGAAGUGCUACGGAGGCUGACUACAUCAGUUAGUUCCGCAUUGGAUGAGGCUGCAGCAGCUCUAACACGCAUGAGGGCAGAACAACAAGAACCUCUAGCAAGGGUCGACAGCAGAUCCCUGGUUGAAGCAUGUAGUGAUGGUGACAUCCACACUGUCAGGAAGCUCCUAGAUGAAGGAGGCAGUGUACAUGAGACAACAGAGGAGGGUGAAAGCUUACUGUCUCUUGCUUGCUCUGCUGGUUAUUACGAACUUGCCCAGGUCCUUCUGGCUAUGCGGGCUAAUGUAGAGGACAGGGGUAUCAAGGGUGACUGUACACCACUCAUGGAGGCUGCAAGUGGGGGCUAUGUAGACAUUGUACGUCUACUCAUUGCAAACUGUGCUGAUGUCAAUGCUCAGUCCUCUGCAGGCAACACUCCUCUACAUUAUGCAUCAUGUGGUGGCUAUGAGGAUGUUGUGCAGGUACUGAUCGAAGCUGGGGCUAAUGUGGAAGAACAUAACGAGAACGGUCAUACACCCCUGAUGGAGGCCGCAUCAGCUGGUCAUGCAGGAGUUGCGAUGUCUCUUCUUGAGGGUGGCGCGGGAAUUAACACUCACUCUAAUGAGUUCAAAGAAAGUGCUUUGACCUUGGCGUGCUAUAAAGGGCACCUUGAGAUGGUGAAGUUUCUGCUAGAAGCUGGUGCUGACCAGGAGCACAAAACAGACGAGAUGCACACCGCCUUAAUGGAGGCCUCCAUGGAUGGACAUGUGGAGGUUGCUAGGUUGUUACUGGACAGUGGGGCACAGGUUAACAUGCCUGCUGACAGUUUUGAGUCUCCUUUGACACUAGCUGCAUGUGGUGGACAUGUUGAGCUUGCAAACCUCCUGAUUGAACGAGGGGCCAACCUUGAAGAAGUCAAUGAUGAAGGAUAUACACCACUGAUGGAAGCAGCAAGAGAAGGACAUGAAGAGAUGGUCUCUCUUCUCCUUGCACAUGGAGCUGACAUCAAUGCACAGACUGAGGAAACCCAGGAGACUGGACUGACACUGUCCUGCUGUGGGGGUUUCCUGGAGGUAGCAGAUUUCCUCAUCAAGGCAGGGGCAGAUCUAGAACUGGGAUGUAGCACACCACUUAUGGAGGCAGCCCAAGAGGGACACCUUGAGCUUGUCAAAUACCUUCUAAAAUCUGGGAGUAAUGUUCAUGCUCACACUGGUACUGGUGACACUGCACUGACUUAUGCAUGUGAGAAUGGACACACUGAUGUUGCUGAUGUCCUUCUCAUGCAUGGAGCCGGACUGGAACAUGAGUCAGAAGGAGGUCGUACUCCACUGAUGAAAGCAGCCAGAGCAGGGCACCUGUGUACUGUACAGUUCUUGAUCAGUAAGGGGGCAGAUGUUAACAGGCAAACCACAACCAAUGACCACACUGUGCUGUCUCUGGCUUGUGCUGGGGGACAUCUUGCUGUUGUGGAACUGCUCCUAGCACAUGGUGCUGAUCCUCAUCACAAAUUGAAGGAUGGCUCUACAAUGCUGAUUGAGGCUGCUAAAGGGGGUCACACUAAUGUUGUCAACCUGCUGUUAGAUUACCCCAACAAUGUGAGCAACAGCAAUGGACAAGAACUAGCACAGGUCGCAGUACCAGAUUCAAGCACCAAUGAGCUACCCCGUGUGCCAAUGCAUGGCCUAACCAAUGUUGUGCCACCCCAGGAUCCCAACUAUGUUAACCAAAUGGCCGUGUCAAAUGGUAACUUUGUUCCAAACAUCCAGGACCCAAAUUUUGUGCAGCAGAUGCAAGUUCAACAGCAGUUACAGGUGCAGCAGCUGCAAGUACAGCAGCUUCAACAAGUACAGCAGUAUCAGGCACAGCAACAGCAAUUGCAGUCUAUACCCAUAAGCAGCACAGCUUAUAUACCUAAUAUACAACCAUCAGCUGGUUCAUCCCAAGUCCCUGGCCAAAUUAAUUUGAAAGAUUUAAAUAUUCCCGUGAAAACACCUGAGCAAAUACGUCAGAAUAUGGAGAAAUCUCUAAGUCGCAGCAAGAAGAUGAAACUAGCUGACAAGGAAGGUUCCCAGAGCAUCGAUUCCCAGUCAUCAAGUGGUGGAGAAUUAGAUAAUGUCGAGUUUAACUACGAUCGAGGUUAUUCAGAUUUGGAAAACCAUGGUUAUGGUGAUGUUGAAAACCGAGGAUAUGCUGAGAAUGAGAGCCAUGGGUAUCCCGAUAUGGAAAACCGUGGCUAUUCUGACCUUGAAAGCCAACACCUCCAAGAACUUGAGGACCGACCUGACCUAAAGGCCUUUAUCAACAAGAUGAUGAAGCAGGCUGAAAAACUGAAUACCACUCGGGAAGAGCAGAUUCAGAAAAAGCAGCAAAUCCUUGAAGAAUUGCAAAAGGUCGAGAAGGAGCUUCAGGUUAAAAUCAAACAUGAACCUCUACCACUGCACAUAGCAUUUGAGAGUCAGAUUAAAGCAAAGGCGGCUAAACGGAACCUCUGGGAUCUUGAUCCCGAGCUGAAGGAGGCAGGUUUAUUGCAGUAUGAUGGAGGUGGCGAGGAGCCAGCGUAUGAUGACACCUCAGAGCCACCUAUUGGCUAUAUCGACGCACCCUCUGAUCUGUCAUCCCAAGGUCAACUGACUGAUGAUGUGCAAUCUAGUGAACACCAAAACCCCAAUCCUCCACCCUCCCCCGUGUCUAGCUCUGUUGACCCACCUGAUUUGGAAGACACAGUGCAUGAAAUGGAGAGAGUGGAACCCCAAGGAGAACAGGAGCCUCCAGGAGAAACCCUCAAUCAGCAAGAACCCUCAAAGGAGACCUUAAGGCAAAAGGAACCCCACAGCCAACAGGACUCCCCAAAAGAGCCCCGGGGAGAGAAUGAUACCCCAUGUGAGCCCCAGGCACCUCCAGGAGAUCGUACUGAGCCACUUGGAGAGAGUGAUGGUGAGGUGAUAGAUGAUACCAGUCAAGUGGAGGCAAGACCUAACAACAUUGCAGUACACUCCAAUACUAAUGCUACUACCCCUGAUAGCCCCACUCAUGAUCAAAAUGACCUAGAGGCACCCGCUAAAGUGGCCUCAGAAAAUGACAAGGAUUCACCUGGUGAGAAAGCUACUGAGUGUAAUACGAACCUAUCUGCAGAGCAAGAAAAUAUUGCCUCUCUGAAACCAGACAAAGAUCCACCUCAAAGCCAAAAUGAAACCCAACUCUCUCAAACUGAAAAUGGAGAAAUUAAUCUUAACCAUGUGAAAGAGGAUGCCAGAGAGCCCCCUGCCCUACUCCACGAGUCUCUAGGGAUUGGAAUAUUGAAUUGCAGUCAGCAGCCCCUAGGUGGCAGUGGUUUAGAUGAUACUGAGCCUAAUCCCGCAAGCUACCCAGCAGAGCUGAGUCUGCCGGAGGCCCCACCCCAGCCUCCAAUGACUGCGAGCUUUAGCCACACCAGCACUAGUUGCCCUCAGGGGGCUGUUCUAACGUCAAGUUGUGGAUCUGUUGCAAAUAGUGGCACUGUGACUUUACCCACUGUACAGUGCCACCAGCACAUGACUGUCGACCUCACCACAGUGGCUGUGCCAUCAACUGUCACCACCCAGCCACUGUUACCUCCACCGCCACCACCCCCUCCUCUCAUGUUAACCCCGAUACAGCAAGACCCCAACAAUGUUAUGCCUCUAAUGAACAUGACCCCCAUCGAAGGCCGGGAAGUGAAAAUGGCAAAACGGAAAAAGACGCAACCAAAACCAGAAAAUCAAACAAUGAUUUUACAACACCAGUUACAGCAGCUACAAUUGCAGCCUCUUCAACAACAACAGCUGUUACAACAUCAUCACCAACAACUGCAGCAACAGCAGCAGUUACAACAACAGCAGGUAAUGGUACAGAGUCAAAUCCAAGUUUCUACAGCACAACCUGCUACAAGCCAGCAACAAGUUCAGAUUAAAGUCAACCCCCAGGGAGCACACCAACAUGUUCAGGUCCAUGUUAACCAGCAAGUACAACAAGCCCAGCUACAGAUGCAACAAAUGCAACAACAUCAGCUACAGCUUCAACUACAGCUGCAGCAACAAGCACAACUACAGCUGCAGCAACAGAGUAAUCAGCUGGGACAGUUACCCGUCUCUGCACAGCAGCAGAACAGCAAGGUAGUGCAGCAGCAAGGUGUACAGUGUACACAAGCUGGUACUGAACAGAUCAGUUAUGGGAACCAACCAUUACACCAGGCCCUUCAACAGCAGCUACAACAACAGCUGCAGAUUGCAAGACAGCUGCAGGAGAAUCAACAGCUUGUCCAGGAGCAGAGUCCACAGCUGACUCAGAUGAUGCAGUCACAGCAGUGGAUACAACAGAUCCAGAUGCCCCCACAGCCGGAUGUUCUACAACAACUACAGCCAGCAGCCCCAGAGUUGCUCCAACAGGUAGCUGAGGUACAGAACCUGCAGAAGAAAGUGAAGCUCCUACAACAGCAGAUGCUACAGAACCAACAAGUGAACAACAUCAUAGCUGCCCAGCAGACCUAUCCAGGGACAGGCCUUGACAAUAUGACACCUCCACCCUCUACGCCACUCACACCAAAUCCAUCUCCUGCAUCCCCCCAGGUACCGCAGCAGAUGUACCCAGUGGUUGACCUGAAUGCAGAGACAGAGAGCAAUCAUGAUACGGCCUUGACCUUGGCCUGUGCUGGAGGUCAUGCUGAACUUGUGCAGUUGCUACUUUCAAGGGGAGCUGACAUAGAACAUAGAGACAAGAAAGGGUUCACACCAUUGAUUUUGGCUGCCACUGCAGGACAUGUAGAUGUUGUAGAGAUCCUCCUAGAGAACCAUGCAGACAUUGAAGCCCAGUCUGAAAGAACCAAAGACACUCCUCUCUCUCUUGCUUGCUCUGGUGGCCGUUAUGAGGUUGUCGAAUUACUACUUGGAAAGGCAGCCAACAAAGAGCACCGCAAUGUCUCUGACUACACACCACUCAGUCUCGCUGCUUCUGGUGGCUACGUGAACAUCAUCAAGCUACUCCUAAAACAUGGGGCGGAGAUAAACUCUCGCACUGGCAGUAAGCUAGGUAUCUCUCCAUUGAUGCUGGCUGCUAUGAAUGGACACACACAGGCUGUGAAGCUGCUACUGGACAUGGGCAGUGAUAUCAAUGCACAGAUUGAGACUAACAGGAAUACAGCUCUGACACUAGCUUGCUUCCAGGGAAGACAUGAGGUUGUUAGUCUUCUAGUGGACAGCAAGGCUAACAUAGAACAUAGAGCCAAGACUGGGUUGACCCCUCUGAUGGAAGCAGCUUCUGGUGGCUAUGUGGAAGUAGGACGUGUAUUGCUUGAUAAAGGGGCUGACGUCAAUGCUAACCCUGUCCCCUCAUCUCGUGACACUGCCCUAACUAUUGCGGCAGAUAAAGGACACUAUCGCUUUGUGGAAUUGCUACUCUCGAGAGGUGCAGCCGUGGAUGUAAAGAACAAGAAAGGAAACUCCCCACUUUGGUUAGCAUGCAAUGGUGGCCAUUUGGAUGUUGUUCAGCUCCUAGUCUCGGCAGGUGCAGAUAUUGACUCUGAGGAUAACAGAAAGGUUUCCUGUCUCAUGUCUGCAUUCAGGAAAGGUCACUUCAAGGUGGUGAAGUGGAUGGUGAAACAUGUAAAUCAAUUCCCUUCUGAUAAGGAAUGUAUGCGCUACAUUGCUACUGUCACUGAUAGGGAACUAUUGAAGAAGUGCCAUCAAUGCAUGGAGAUCAUAGUCAGCGCUAAAGAUCGUCAACUCGCUGAAGCCAACAAGAAUGCAAAUCUGCUCCUGGAGGAGAUCAGCAUGGAGGAGAAACGGGAGAAAACCAAGAAGGAGAAAGCAGCCAAGAAACAAGAGAAGAAGAAGCAGAAACGUAAGGAGAAGAAAGAGAAGGAACAGAGAGAGAAGAGCAACAGCAAGAACUCCUCACCAGAACCAGACAAGGAUGAUGAUGACAAGAACGAGAAGGAAGAGGAGGCUGAGGUUAUUGAACCCCCACUAGAAGACAGGAUGGAGGCUACUAAUAACUCAGUCAAAGAAAUUUCAGCGCAAGAGACAACUGAAGCCAAGAAUGCACGCAACAAAGAGAACAACCAAUCAGAGAGGAGCAAUGACACUAAAGCAAGAAAUCGUAAGAACAAACGACAAAGUCGAACAGCAGAACGUAAAUCCCUGGAGAAGGAAGAGAGCCGAAAUCAGAAGCGUGAAGGAAUGGACCAGAUUGAUGAACACCAACAGAACAAUAAGAUCAUGAGGACAACUAAUGCUGUUACAACUUCUGUUGUUACGUCUAAACCUACACCAACCAGUAGCCCUGCAGCCAAGAAAGUGGACUACAACACUGUUAAGAGUACAGGUAUAGGAGAUUUGGAUGACUUUGGUACCCUGCCAUCUAGGAUCAAGAUGACCCCCAAAGACAAGACUAAGAUCAACAAGGUCAUUGAGAAGAACACUAAAAUGUCAGCACUUGAUAAUUUUGAGGGAGUUCCCAUGGACAAUGUGAGCAAUACACCAGUGAAGAGUCCACAGUCGAGAAACACCCUGAAUGUCAAAUCCCCCAACAUGGUGGCCAGCCCGAAACGAGGACAGAAGAGAGAGGAGGGAUGGAAGGAGGUCAUUAGGAAGUCCAAGAAGGUGAUCGUUCCUGCCACAGCAAUAUCCCGUGUUAUAGGAAGAGGCGGAUGCAACAUCAAUGCAAUACGUGAAGUGUCUGGAGCUCAUAUAGAAGUUGACAAGGCAAAGGGAGGCAAUGACAGGACUAUAACAAUCAAGGGGUCUGCUGACUCCACACGUCAGGCACAUCAGUUGAUCACAGCUCUCAUUAAAGACCCAGACAAGGAGAUUGCUGAGCUGAUCCCUAAAAAGCAACGAUCUUUGCUGAGCUCUAACGCAUCAUCAUCUACAAUCACCACAGGGACAGUGAUCAGUACAGUCACGACGAUCGCCACAUCAACAACCCAGGUGAACACAAAGGCGAGCACUGUAAUCCAAAAUGGAGGAUCCAGGAGUAAUAUACCACCUAGACAGCAGCCACCACCUAUUGGUGUGUUCCAAGUACCUGUCCCAGCCUGGCAGGCACCAACUACUAGCACAGUUGGGAUGUCACCAAAACGUCAACCUGGUGCAAAGGCUCCUCACCCAAGCUCCAUGCAGGCUAAAAGUCCUAGUACAGUCUCCAGGCAGUUGUUCCCCUUGGAUAAAUCCAACCCUACAUCAUCCACGUUGACCAACAUUGGAAUGUUCACCGCAGUUAAGACAUCUGCUAAGACGAAGGUUGUUAACACAACAGCUCCAAGCUUCUCCACACAUGUUGAUAGCAAUGGGAAUGUGCAGGGGAAACAACACAGUCAGGGUCCUAGCCUACCUGUACCAAUGAGACCUAAUUCUCAGCCAUCUGCCAAUCAAGGGCCUCCUCAGAGUGCCCCAUCAGGGGUUUACUCCCCCUUUAAUAAUAAUCUCUUCAGUCAGGUGGAUUCUGUCCUUGGCAAGAAAGAUGGGAUGAAUUUUGCUAAUGCAGCUGCAGUUCGAUCCAGUGCUGCACCAUCGUCAUCUGUCACUGCCUUAUUAGGCAGUGAGCCACCACCAGUCAUGAUUGGUCCUGAUAGGGGUGUGGAUCCUUCCCUUCAGGCUAAAGCACCUGGGUAUAAACCAAUGAAUCAGCGCAGUAACACUAGUACCCCUCAACAGGAGUACAAUCCACAGCAACAGGGCUACAAUGUGUCAGUAGAUACUGAGCUUGAUUCUCACAGAAUCAACCAACACAACACCAUGUCCCCCAGAUCUGCCCCUGGAACACCCAGCCAGCACUCACCCAGAAGCAAUCUAGGUAUGAGUGAUAUCUCCCCCAGACCAGGGAGCAUGUCUGAUGCUAAUUCCCCUAGGUCUCUUCAGUACAACACUGCAAACAUGGCUCCCCCAAGAAUCAUGCAGAAUCCAGGAGAUUUCAACAACAGGAUAUCUCUGGCAGAUAUAUCCCCUCGUAGUCAGGUGAUGCUUCAGGCGCGACAGUUCAUGGAGAUGAACAAAAUGCACCCAAACCUUGGAAUGGACCCACAGCAGGGUUUCUCUGUGUAUGGUAACUUUCCACAGUCAUUCAUGGAUCGAGAGCCCAAGUACAGCCAACCCCAUCAGCCUAUGACGCUUCCUAAGAUAGAGAGUACAUUGAACCCAAAUGCUCCAAAGUUUGAAUUCAGAUCAACACCUACGCCACCUGUUGACCAAAUGGGACCAAGUAACCCUGGUCAAUCAUUCAUGCAGCAAGGCUUCCGACCCCCAUCUGGUCUGCCGAACCUUGGUGCUCAGCCAGGUUUUGGAGCCAUGCCACACCCAGGCUUACCCCCAACCAAUAUUCCACCACCUGGUGAUUUCAACUACAGCAACAUGGCUGGUUUCCCUGGAGGUUUCAGCACGAGUAACAUGCAAGCUAUGUCUAGCAAUGCUAACAUGUCUGGGCCUAGUAUGCCUGGCAUGCCUAGUAACAUGCAAGGUGGCAUGCCAGGGGGUAUGUCGGGAAAUAUGCCAGGGGGCAUAGGUGGGAAUAUGCCUAGUGGCAUGUCUGUGAAUAUGCCAGGGGGAGUACAAAGUAGCAUGUCUGGAAGUGGCAUGUCUGGGAGUAUGCAGAGCAGUAUGUCUGUGAAUGGUAUGCCUGGAGGAACAACUGGCAAUCUGCAAGGGCAAGGCAUGUCAGGGAUGUCUAUUCUACAAAGGAACAUUAACAACACUGGUAGUUCCCCUAGAGGUAGCAAUGUUCCACCUUCAGCCAAACCUGAUGGUAGUCCACCCGUGCCCCAGCCACAAGAGGGCUCCACCGCACCCUCACCCACUGACACUUCCAAGGAGCUGGAUGACCGCAAGGCCCCAGGACCAAUAGGCGUUGAGCGUAGUUUCAGUACCAUUGGGAUGGAGCGCAGCAAGAAACCCAUUUUGGCCAAUCCUGGUGGUUUCAGCACUAUGGGUGAUAUGACUGGCAUAUGGUCCUUUGGAGCAGACACUGGCACAACAGAUUGGAUGACCCAGAUAUCACAGGUUGGAUCGGUUUUGACUACUUCAGUUGCCACGACAACCAUCAUCACACCAACAAUACCAAGUGAUAGCUUUAUAGAGGGAGCCAGUAGUGGUGUCAAGCAAACGGAUGACAGUGGUUUUGAGAGCCAAGGUAUUGAUAUACCAUAUGUCAAUGGCUUCCCUACCCAGUUGCCGAUCUCUGGGACAGGAGAUGCUGGCUCCACCUGGGGUACGCAGAUGAAACUACCACUGGAGGGCAAUGGAGACCAAAAACUGGCUCAGAUGUGGCAACAGGACUGGGGUGCAGGGCAGUAGUUCAUGGAUAACCCAAAACUUAAUACACACUGGAGAAAUACAUGGAUAUCUACUGGAGAAAUAACAUGGAUACCCACUGGAGAAAACAUGAAUAUCCACUGGAGAAAUACAUGGAUACCCUCAAAUAGUAAAUAAUACAUGAGUUGACUGGAGAUACACGGAUACCCUCAAAUAAUAAUAAUGCAUGAGUUGACUGGAAAUACAUGGAUACCCUCAAAUAAUAAUAUGCAUAAGUUGACUGGAAAUACAUGGAUACCCUCAAAUAAUAAUACAUGAGAUGACUGGAAA